GAAGCGGUCACCGGCAAGUCUCGGGAGCCGCGGCGCCGAGAGCAGCGGCGGAGCGGGAGCCACCACCCCGUCGCUGACCCUUUUUCCUCGUUGCGGCCUCUCGCGGCCCCUGCCGGAGGAGACCGCAUUCGGCAAGGAAGAGCGGCCGCCCACGCCCCGGACGGAGCAUCCUCCGUAGUGGAGUGGGCGCCGACGGCAUGAUGCGGCUGCGUGGCUCGGCGAUGCUGCGGGAGCUGCUCCUGCGGCCUCCCGCCGCCGGCGGCGCGGUGCUGAGGCGGGCGCAGCCCCUCGGCACCCUGUGCAGACGCCCCCGGGGCGGGAGCCGGCCGGCCGCGGGCCCGGCGGUGACCGCGCGACUCCACCCGUGGUGGGGCGGCCGGUCGAGCGGCCCCGCGUCCGGGGGUCUGUCCAGCUCUCCGUCGGAGAUCUUGCAGGAACUGGGCAAGGGGGGCACGCCGUCACAGCCCGGGGCGUCGCCUCCCGCCACCCCGCCGGCGCCCGGCCCCAAGGACGGACCCGGGGACACGGAUGCGUUCGGCAAUGCCGAGGGCAAAGAGCUGGCGGCCGCAGGCGAAAAUAAAAUAAAACAGGGUCUGUUACCCAGCUUGGAAGAUUUGCUGUUCUAUACAAUUGCAGAAGGACAAGAAAAGAUACCUGUUCAUAAAUUCAUCACAGCACUCAAAUCUACAGGAUUGCGAACGUCUGAUCCCAGGUUGAAAGAGUGUAUGGAUAUGUUAAGAUUAACUCUUCAAACAACAUCAGAUGGUGUCAUGCUAGACAAAGAUCUUUUUAAAAAAUGUGUUCAAAGCAACAUUGUUUUGUUGACACAAGCCUUUAGAAGAAAAUUUGUCAUUCCUGACUUUAUGUCUUUUACUUCACACAUCGAUGAGUUAUAUGAAAGUGCUAAAAAGCAGUCUGGAGGAAAGGUUGCAGAUUAUAUUCCUCAGCUAGCCAAGUUCAGUCCUGAUUUGUGGGGUGUAUCUGUUUGUACAGUAGAUGGACAGAGGCAUUCUAUUGGAGAUACCAAAGUUCCCUUUUGUCUUCAGUCUUGUGUAAAACCUUUGAAGUAUGCCAUUGCUGUUAAUGAUCUUGGAACUGAGUAUGUGCACCGUUAUGUUGGGAAAGAGCCAAGUGGAUUAAGAUUCAACAAACUGUUUUUAAAUGAAGAUGAUAAACCACAUAAUCCUAUGGUAAAUGCUGGAGCAAUUGUUGUGACUUCAUUAAUAAAGCAAGGAGUAAAUAAUGCUGAGAAAUUUGACUAUGUGAUGCAGUUUUUGAAUAAGAUGGCUGGUAAUGAAUAUGUUGGAUUCAGUAAUGCUACGUUUCAGUCUGAAAGAGAAAGUGGAGACCGCAAUUUUGCAAUAGGAUAUUACUUAAAAGAAAAGAAGUGUUUUCCCGAAGGUACAGACAUGGUUGGAAUACUUGAUUUCUAUUUCCAGCUAUGUUCCAUUGAAGUGACUUGUGAAUCAGCAAGUGUGAUGGCUGCAACAUUGGCUAAUGGUGGUUUUUGUCCAAUUACUGGUGAACGAGUACUUAGUCCUGAAGCAGUUCGAAAUACACUGAGCUUGAUGCAUUCCUGUGGCAUGUAUGACUUCUCGGGGCAGUUUGCUUUCCACGUUGGUCUUCCUGCAAAAUCCGGAGUUGCUGGGGGCAUUCUGCUAGUUGUUCCAAAUGUCAUGGGCAUGAUGUGCUGGUCUCCUCCUCUUGACAAGAUGGGCAACAGUGUAAAAGGAAUUCACUUUUGUCAUGAUCUUGUUUCUCUGUGUAAUUUCCAUAACUAUGAUAAUUUGAGACACUUUGCAAAAAAACUUGAUCCCCGAAGAGAAGGUGGUGACCAAAGGCAUUCCUUUGGACCAUUGGACUAUGAAAGUCUCCAACAAGAACUUGCUUUAAAAGAGACAGUAUGGAAAAAAGUGUCACCUGAGUCAAAUGAGGACAUCUCUACAACUGUAGUGUAUAGAAUGGAAAGUCUGGGAGAGAAAAGCUAAAGAAAUGGGUUCUAGAUUCACAAUGUUUCUUCAUUUAACUUUUGAAACAUCUUUAGCAUUUGUUUAUUUUUGCAAACUCUUGAGUAUUUAUUUUGAGUUUUUUUUUCCUCUCUCAUCCUUGGGUGUUGGAGCCUUAAACCUAUUUUUUUUUCUUAUAAUCUUUGUAUAAAGAACUAAGUUUUAAAAGAUUUGGUAAAAGAACAUUUACAAAUAAAUGAAGCAAGUUUGCUUUGUUUCUUUUAUUGCAGAAAGGAAAAAACUUAAUUUUUUUAAUUACAUUAAAAUUUUAUAUAGCCAGAUAACCUCAUUAAAGUAUCAUUUCUAAAUUCUGAAAUACACAAAAUGAAAUCAUAAGUUUUGUUGCAUUGUAUUUCUAGUUUUAAAGUUGAUAUGAUAUUGAUAGAGGCAAUAGAAAAGACUUCCAUGAUAAAUACAAGGCUAAAAAGGCAAAAUAAUUCCAAAUUAUUUUAAGAGCAGUAGAUUGUGAAAUCAGCUUCAGUUUAUACAUCUGUGUACUGAUAGACUGGCUUUACAUUUUUAAAAUUCAGCUAGAAUUUAUUGAAUUUAAAAAUAUAUCUCCUCACUUCUUUGCUUUGCUAUUUCUGUGUUUUGUUAGAAUUUUCAUGUACAGUAGUGUUUUACAUGCCCAAACAGUCCAGCCAAAGAAUUGCAGAUGUAAGAGAAUGACAUGUUUCAUUGUUAUAAAGCUAUAAUGGUUACUUACUCAGAGGCAGAGACAAUGAGUGUCUACAAUAUGGAUUUUAUUUUCAUAUUAUCUAUGUAACUUCUGUUAUAUUUAAGUAUGAAUGGUAAAUUUUGAUUUUUAGUAUUUUUAUCAUCAUAGUAAUUUCAUAAGUGCUAAUCAGUAUUUCCUUUGUGAUAAAUUAUGACAUAUUUUGUCAUAUUUGAACUUUUAGAGUACUUAGGAAAUGAAUUUAGUCAGAAGGUAUUAAUUAAGUAUGCAACUAAAAUAACUGUUAAAUCUGAGUCCUUCUGUUUGGUUAUAAAAAUGCAAUAUUGAGAAUCAAAACUCAUUUUCAAGAGAACCGUUGGUUCUAUAUAUCCUGGCAAAGUAAUUGUAAAGUACUAUAGGAUUUAUUCACAUUUCUUCCUCCAUAUAUGCCAUUCUUGUUUUUCCUGCAAUUUAAGGUUUUUUUCCCCUUAAUUCUUAGAAUGUUGCCAUAUGCAGUAGGGCAAGUUCUGUAAAAGUGACUUCAGCAAAAAAUAAAUUUCAAGGAAUAAUUUAGACAAUAGUGCAAAUGCAGUUACAGAAAACCUUGAUCAUAGGCUUGAAGAUUGUGAGACUGGGGACUUUGAUAUUAGAAAAAGAAGUUCCUUCCAAGAAGUGCUAGUCCAGAAGCCUUGUGGGCCAACUUAUGUACUAAAUUUAACAUUUAAAUAAUUACAUACUAAGUUUUAUAUAAAGCUUUUCCAAAGGAUUUUAUGGUCAUUUGAAUACCUUACAGUUCAUUCAGAUGCAUUUCCUAACUGGAUGUUUCUCAAAGCCUUGCCACUGCUGCUCUGCAAUGUCACAUUAUUUUAGUUACAGCAGGGCCCUGUGAUUGAGAUGACUCAAUGCCUUAACUGAAAGAAAAAAACAAAAAAACAAAAAAAGAUUAGGUUUUUUAAUCCAUGUUUCAAUUGUUUGUCACAUCUUAAUAUUUCAUUCAGAGGUUGGUUAUUUUAUACAAAGACUUAAUUUUAUUGAAUAGGUUUUGAAAUGAAAUUGUUAAUUUGUAAUACUUCCUAUGUCAGGAAGGCUGGAAUGCAGAUUUAAAAAAAUAAAAAUAAAAGCUGUGGUUAGAGGAUGGUGCUAGAACAAGCAGCCAGAAGUAUUUGUGGGAAGGUAUUAGUGGAAGAAGAGGUAAGAACUGUGAAUAUCCUGUAAACUGCACAAAAAGAAAAAGAAAAAAAAACUUUGCCAAUUUUAAGGAUAUAUUUUGAUUCCUUCAGUAUUAAUGUCUUUUCAAAUAAAGUUUUUUGAAAAGUA